CCAGGUGCCCCUGAGCGGAGGGGAGGUGACUGCCGCCCGAGGCCGUGGCGGGCACCGGCUCCCUAUGGCGUUGAGCAGCCGCAGCUGUCUGCUGCUGGUGGCCGGCAGGCUCCAGGCACGUGGAGCGGGUCUUCAUUUUGCAUCAACGACAGCCAGUCUCAAAAGUGAGACUGAAGUGGACACAAACGAAAAUGAGGUUGUUGCCCCAGACUUCACUAACAGGAAUCCUCGGAACUUGGAGCAGUUGGCCCUGGCUAGGAAGGAGCGUGGCUGGAAGACAACGUGGCCAAAGCGUGAAUUCUGGCAUAGAUUACGGCUUGAGCGGACACAGCAUUAUGUAGAAGCCUUCGUUGAGCGCUGUAACGGGGAUGUUGUAGUAUCUGCCUCUACCCGAGAGUGGGCCAUAAAGAGACACCUGUACAGUCCCAAGGGAGUAACAGCAUGCAAAAACCUUGGCCGUGUAAUGGCACAGCGCUGUUUGGAAGCUGGAAUCAACUUUGUGAACUUUAAAGCUGUUAUCCCCUGGGAAUAUCGUUGUGACUCGAUUCAGGAGUUUGAAAAAGCUAUGGAGGAAGGUGGUGUUGUUCUGCGUGAGCCACGAAGAAUCUAUCAGUAAAAUGCAGACCGUUGGGAAAACUUUCCAAGGAACAACAGUCGCUUCUUUAGGCGUGUGUACAGGCACGGUGAAGGUCCAGAGCUGGAAAAAGCUGGAACAUGGCAUCUUGUAAUAAAAUAUUUUUAAAUGCA